AUGGAAUAAUAUCAAAACCCUCAAUCUCAACAGCAAAACGAAGAAAUAUUAUACUUAUCAUUUAAUCAAGACCAAGAGUGUUUUUCCUGUGGAACUGAAUAAGGAUUUGUCAUAUAUAACACAGAUCCAUUCUAGCACAUAUACAACCGCGAUUUCGGAGGUGGAAUAGGCAUAGUGGAAAUGUUAAAUCGGUGUAAUAUAAUAGCACUAGUAGGAGGUGGAAAGUAACCUAAAUUUGCUCCAACAAAAGUUCAAUUAUGGGAUGAUAAUUAAUUAAAAAGAAUUGCCGAAAUGAACUUUAGAAGCGAAGUAAAAGGUGUCAAAUUGAGAGAAACAUGUAUUAUUGUGGUUUUAGAAACAAAAAUAUAUGCACAUAAUUUCUCAGAUUUGAGAUUAUUUGACACUAUUAAUACCUGUCCCAACCCACUUGGUUUAUGUUCUAUUAAUACAAAAGGCAAUUUUAUGAUUUUAGCAAGUCCACAUAAAAAUGUAGGAGAAGUUAAUGUUAAAUUCUAUGAAGAAGAUCGUACAGUGGUAAUCAAAGCUCAUUAAAGUGCAUUAAAUUGUUUAUAAUUAAACCAUAAUGGUUCAAAACUAGCAACUGCUUCGUAAAAAGGGACUCUUAUUAGAAUUUAUAAUACUUAAAAAGGAGAAAUUCUGCAAGAAUUAAGAAGAGGAAGCGAAUAUGCAUAAAUUUAUUCAAUUGCUUUUCAUCCUAAAGGAAAAUAUGUAGCUUGUUCUAGCGAUUCAGGCACAAUACAUAUUUUUAUGUUGUUACAAUAAUAAGGAAUAGUCGAUGAUGUUGAAGAAAAUAAUUAAGAAGUGAAACAAAACCCAAAAUCAACUUUAAAAUUUUUGAAAUUUAUUGUCCCAUAUUUUGAUAAUGAAAGAAGUUUUGCAUAAUGUAAAAUUGGAGAAUAUAAAUCAAAAAUAACUUUUGAUUAAAAUAAUGGAAUAAUUGCUAUUACUUAUUAAGGCUAAGUUUAUUAAGGAAAGUUUAACGUGGAAAAUGGAGGUGAAUUUGUUCCUUAGUGUUUUUCAAUGAAUAAAUAAGAUUAAUAAUGA